UUAAAGUUUUGGGAUUCAGUUGGAUGGAAUGCUCUGGAGAACCCUGAUCAGACAAAGAGAGUGUUACAGAUGAUCCUGGAAGGGAGAGUUCCCAAAGGAAUGAAAUUAAACAGUUUCAACCCUGACUCGGAUGUUGCCAACUAUCCUGUUAUUCCGGAAAAUGUAAUUCACGGUGUCGCAUUCAUUUUUGACAUGAACACUGUAGACAGCAUCAGUGAGGAACAAAUAAAUGCAUUUAAGGAGUUACAGACAAUUGUGGCACAGAAAUAUAUUUACAGGGUUGUGAUUGGGACCAAGUUUGAACUACUAGGGAUACAAGAGGAUGACCAUGAGCAAAUUUAUGAAUACAAGCCACUGCAGAACAAGUUUACGAUGUUGUCAGACUUGACUGGGAUGGAGAAGCGUUCCAUGUUUGUGGUUUCGAAUCAAUGGAGAGGUGAUCAGAUCGAGAUGAUCAAAUGCAUCCUUGCCCUGUCCGCUCUGGAUAAUAUGAUCAGAAACAUCGACAAGUUUCUCAAAGUGACGAAGUAAUGGCUACACCUGACCUUGUACAGAACUGUUGAACUGAUCCUGUUUCAGGAGCAUAGUCAACGUUUUAGCCUGCUUUAGAGGCUCACAUCUGUAAAUCUGUUGUGUGAAGGAGAUUGAAAGCUGAGGACUUUUCAAUUAUAUAGAUACAAUGUUUCAGAACUUCACACAAAUUUCCUGACUCCAAAAUAAAGACAGUUUGAA